GCCCCGGUCGCAUCCGGCGCGGCGGCUGUCGGGGCCUCCACACAACUGCGGCUGCAGGAAUGCAGGAGCAGCAGCAGCAGCCUCCACCACUGACGGGGCCGCCGGCUCCGAAUGCGGCGACCGCAGCUGUGGCUGCUGCGGCGGGCGCCGGUGCUGACGUGGGCGCUGUGCGGGUGGCUGUGGGCCAGAUGACGGCGUGCGGCGACCAGGCUGCAAACCUGGAGGUGUGCAGCCGCCUGGUGCAGGACGCCGCCGCCGCCGGCUGCCGGCUGCUGUUCCUGCCCGAGUGCUUUGGCUUCAUCGGCGACAGCCCCGCCCAGUCGCUGGCGGCGGCGCAGCCCCUGACCGGCCCGCUGAUGGACCAAUACCGCCAGCUGGCCAGGACACACGGGUUGUGGCUGUCCCUGGGCGGCUUCCAGGAGGUGGGGCCGGACCCGCAGCACAUCUACAAUACGCACGUGGUGGUGGACGACGCCGGCGAGCUGGCGGCGGUGUACAGGAAGAUCCACCUGUUUGACGUGGACGUGCCCAACGGCCCACUGCUCAUGGAGAGCCGCACUACCGCGCCAGGCAGCCAGGCGGUGGUUGUGGACACGCCCGCGGGCCGCCUGGGCCUCACCACCUGCUACGACCUGCGCUUCCCAGAGCUGUUCGCGCACCUCACCUGGGAGCGCGGGGCGCAGGUGCUGGCCGUUCCCUCCGCCUUCACCGUCGUCACCGGCGCCGCCCACUGGGAGGUGCUGCUGCGCGCCCGCGCCAUCGAGUGCCAGGCCUACGUGGUGGCGGCGGCGCAGGCGGGCCGCCACAAUGCCAAACGGGAGAGCUAUGGACACGCCAUCAUCGUGGACCCCUGGGGCUCCGUCAUCGCUCGCCUACCCGAUGCACUCCAGACAGGCAUCGCCGUGGCGGAGCUGCAGCUGGGCCCGGCCGGGCUGCUGCACGCCACACGCGACCGCAUGCCCUGCCGCCAGCACAGAGACAAGGGCCGAGCCGCGUACGCACACGGCCAGGGGCACCGGCCGCAGCAGCCCGCCCCGCAGCCAGGGAUGUAGGGCGGCGGGGGCAGGGGCAGCGGCGGCAGGCCGGGGCAGGGCGGGGUACGACGCCGAGCUCGAGGGCGUCGUGUGGUGCGCUAUGGUGUUGCUUAUGGCCAUGGACGAAUGGGCCCGUUAGGGAGGGGCCCGAGGAUCCCGCGACACC